AUGCCACUUUCCUGCUCGUCACUAGUCGACGUGCCAUUUCGCCUGGGCUCAUCUGAGUUUACCCACCCUUUCUACGUCUGUCCUGAUAUUCAGUGGCAGGGUAUUUUAGGCGCAGAUUUUCUCCAUGCUGACCGUUUCUGCGUCGAUUUUGCGGCCGGUCAACUCACCUCUAAGUCGACUUCAAUCCCCAUUUAUUUCCCCCAUGCCCCUGACCCCCAGCUGUUUUGCGACCCAGUCGGGCUCCACCCUCCCCAGCCUUCCGACCUGGUACAUUUGGUUCCCGACUCUCCCGGGUUCUCCUCUGAACAGAUCACCGCUGUUCUUAACCUUAUAUUCAAAAACUCAGCUGCGUUCGCAUGGGAUGGUGAACCCCUUGGUAGAACGAAUGUAUUGCAGCAUACUAUCGACACGGAUUCAGCUCGACCAAUCCGUCAAUCCCCCCGCCGCGUACCCGUGCAUUUCCAGAAACAGUUAGAGCAAACCAUCAAAGACAUGCUGGACAAGCACGUCAUUCGCCCCUCGUCCUCACCCUGGGCCUCUCUAAUCGUCCUCGUUAAAAAGAAAGAUGGAUCGUUGCGAUUGUGUGUUGAUUACCGAAAGGUAAAUGCCGUAAUCGUCAAAGAUUCCUUCCCACUUCCACGCAUUGACACCACCCUAGAGGCACUCGCAGGAGCUGCAUGUUUCUCCACACUCGAUUUGCAGUCCGGCUACUGGCAGGUGGAAAUGGCUCCCGAGGAUAGGCCUAAGACUGCAUUUUCCAUUCCCUCUGGGUUGUAUGAGUUUAAAACUAUGCCAUUUGGCUUGGCAAACGCGCCUGCUACCUUUCAACGUUUGAUGGCGUCGGUUUUACGGGAUUUAUGCCCUACGGCGUGUUUGGUCUACCUGGACGAUGUCAUCGUACACGGGUCUACUGUCGAGUCCCACCUUGAUAAUCUGCAAACCGUCUUUAACCGUCUACAGGCCGUAGGCCUUAAACUGAACCCGGCUAAAUGCUGUUUUCUCAAAAAUUCUGUUCCUUUCUUGGAUCACAUCGUCUCAACUGAAGGGGUAAAGACGGAUCCUGCGAAGAGAGAGCAAAUACGCAGUUGGCCACAACCGACGUCAGUUUCCGGGUUGCGCGGUUUCCUCGGUCUGGCCUUCGAUUAUCGUCGGUUCAUUAAAGAUUUUGCACGCAUAGCUGCACCUCUUAAUCGUCUCACUAGCAAGCAGAACGCAUUUAACUGGUCCGACGAGUGUGAGAGUUCCUUUGAGGAACUCAAAUGGCGGUUGAUCUCCCCUCCCCUGUUGGCCUUCCCUAACAUAUCCGAGUCAGCCCCACCUUUCAUCUUGGACACUGAUGCAUCAGAUGUAGCCAUUGGGGCGGUCUUGUCUCAACAGCAAACCGAUGGACUGGAACAUCCCCUCAUUUUUGCCAGUCAGACGCCCACCAAGCCUGAGCGUAACUACUCUACCACUCGCAAGGAGCUUCUAGCCGUCGUCACCUUUGUCAAGAAAUUCCAUCACUAUCUCGCCGGCAAACGGUUCAUUUUACGCACCGACCACCAGGCGCUGCGCUGGUUGGAAAACUUCAAGGAUCCGACCGGUCAACUCGCUCGCUGGCAGGCAGACCUCUUGGAAUAUUCUUACACUGUCAUCCAUCGGGCCGGUAAAAAGCACCAGAAUGCCGAUGCCUUAUCUCGCCGAGCACAAACACCACUACCGGCCGCAACAUACGCCCCAGCAACUGCGAUUACUUUUGGCACUCCCGACCACUCAGGGUGGGCGUCGGCUCAAGCUUCUUAUCCCUAUAUAUCUCUUAUCUAUGAUCGGUUGCGUCAGGGUGCGCCAAAACCGUCAAGCGAAGAAAUGAAGGGCUCCAGCUGGGAAGCUCGCUGCCUUUGGUCAGCGUGGAACAGCCUUCGCCUCUGUGACGGCGUGCUUUUUCUUCAGUAUUCUCCCACCGACCCCCGUCGUUUGGUUUUGCUGCAUGAUGCGAUCCAUCCCACACUUUCCCGUCUUCGUGUUGAUCUGGGACACGCUGGUCAAGCUCGUACCGACACCGCCGCGCGUCAGCGUUUCUGGUGCCCGAAUCAACGGCGGAUCAUUCAGGGCAUUUGUAACACGUGCCCUGUAUGUGCCGAAGUCAAAAAUCCCAACCCUACACAACGCGCACCACUGCAGCCCAUUCAAGCGGGUUACCCGAAUGAAAUUGUUGGCGUCGAUCUGAUGGGUCCUAUGCCCCCUUCCCCCAGCGGAAAUCGUUAUAUCUUAGUUUUAGUCGACUUUUUCACCAAGUGGUGUGAAGCGGUGCCCCUUCCACAAGCCGACGCCAUCACCGUCGCUAAGGCCAUCCUUAGCGAGUGGAUCUGCCGCCAUGGGGUGCUUGAGCGGCUCCAUUCAGACCAGGGUGCUCAGUUCGAGUCCCGGCUGAUGGGAGAACUCUGCGAACUUCUUCAUAUUCGUAAAUCUCGUUCUACCCCGUGGCACCCUCAAGGCAAUGGACAAGUAGAGCGCACGAAUCGGACUCUCAGAGGUUUGAUCCAAUCUUUCGUUAACGGUUGCCCUGGUUCCUCUUGGGAAGUCGCCCUCCCUCAGUCCCUUCUUGCCUACCGUUCCGCCACGCACUCGUCAACGGGCCAUACGUCGUUUGCCCUUAUGUACGGCCGCGAAGUUCGUCUUCCACUGGACACUUCCUGUCCCCUCCCACUUCCGUCCUCCCGAGCCUCCUGGGUCAGCCGACAAGUUCUCCACGCAUUGGAUAGGGCCUUUCGUUGUUGUGGAAGUCCCUUCAGAAGCUCUUUGUAUCCUCAGGGCUUCUGA